GUGGUUCAAUAUGAAAUUCUUGUGCUUCAAAGCCAGCAAUAGAUCCUAUUUUUAGCUUUGAAAUUGAGAUCUGGUUUAUCAUUCACUCGUAGAAUUAUUUAUUUUGUAAUUUGUAAUGUUUUAUGUGUUUUAGAAAUAUAUUAGAUAACUGGGACAGAAAUACAAAGUAUUUUCAACCACAUUGACGAAACAAUGACGUAAUGUGCACGAUGACGUAACAAGAUGCGCCAUCCGUGUGAAAAAUCUCAAUCAUAUUGUUGACAAAUGGCAUUAAAAAAAAAAAAAAAAAAAAAAUGUUAGAUACCGACUAAUAUACUUUCAAUUCAGAAUCGCGAGUAAAUAAGGAGAAACGAGUAACCUUGUAAAGGCUCCGUGACAUAUGUUUUCUUGUGUAAGGCGAGGAGAGCUCGAGUUGUUGGCACCGAAUAAUUGUAUUAUUUUCUUCCCAAUUGAGAUGAAUUAAAGACCAAUUUCGCCUUGAAUGUUGUGCAGUUAUUGCCGGGCGAUGAUUGUUCAAGGUCUCAAGAUGUGGAGAUAAGAUAUUAAUCGCAGUAUCUACGGGUUUGGACUGUUAAAUAAUAAGCCAUGUUGCGAGUAAAGCUUAUUAUUCUUGUAUUAUGAAGAUGACAUAAUAUUUUUCGGCGAGAAAAUGGGUCUCUACAAGAUACAGCGGCUGGUCUACAUCAUUGGAUUUUUGGACCUUCUAGGAGUGAGCUUAAUUCUGCCUCUGAUUCUACCUAUGGUUAAGAACUUGGUUGACUCUCACCUGGCUGCAGGUUGCAUCACUUCCCUCUAUGGGGGGAUCCAGUUAUUUUCAAGUCCAGCUGUGGAUCUAUUGGGUGCCAGCCUUAUCAUCCCUCUGAUCAUCUUACAAGUGCGAAGCCUCGGGCUCUCUCAUGUGGUGGGCGGGACCAUUAACUCUGUGUAUGGUGUCCUGCAGCUGGUAACCUCACCAGCAGUGGGCCGAUGGAGUGAUGGAUGGGGGAGGCGGCCAGUCAUGCUGGUGUGCUUGAUUGCAACAGCUAUCAGUUACGUCAUUCUUGGAGCAUCUCAAUCUCUUCUGGUCAUCAUCAGUGGGAGAGUUAUGGCAGGAAUAUUCAAGCACAGUCAAACAGUGUGCAGAGCUCUCCUGGCAGAUGUGACGCCACCAGAGGACAGAUCAAGAGUUUUCGGCAUUUUUAAUGCUGCUUCUAGCAUGGGGUUCAUUGUUGGGCCAAUGCUUGGAGGUCACCUCUCUGAGCUUGAGAAUGGAUUUACCCUUGUCUGUAACAUUGGUGCAUUGUUCUUUAUCCUGGACUUUGCAUUGUGUUGGUUGUUUCUCCCAAACGUUGAGCCAGCUCACUCACGGUCAUCUAAGGGUAUAUCAGAAGGGGAAACAGUCCUCCAGGCAUUCUCAUUUAUGAAAGACAUCGACUGGAAAGUGUUUGGGGAUAUUUUCCUCGUACGAUUUUUCCUCAGCUUCUCAUCCUUGGUGUACAGAUCAAACUUUUCCCUUUUGAUCGAUCAGAAUUUUGGAGCUAGUCCAAAAGUUAUAGGCUACCUUAUAUCUUUCCAGGGCAUCAUCAGUGCUGUAGCAGGAUUCUUUACAGGCAAGGUAUCCAAAAUCUACCAGGACUCUCAGCGUGAGCUUUUCCACAGCUCAGUUCUUCUUACACUAGCUCUGCUGGGGCUAACUGUAGCACCAUCUUUAACAUUACUGCUAGCGUGCCUCAUACCUUUGUGCGUUAGCUCUGCUGUGAUAAGAGUCAGCAGCUCAGCCAUCACCAUAGGGCGAUGUGAGCCUGACAAGGUGGGAUCAGUGACCGGUUUUGGCCAAAGCAUAGCCUCAGUAGCACGUAUGAUCACCCCUUUGAUAGCAGGUCUUACUCAAGAGAUUAGCAUAUAUGGUCCAGGAAUGACAGGCACUCUUUCUGCUGGCAUUGGGGCAGCACUUGCGGGAAUCAUUUCGUAUAGGCAGAAGUCCAAAAAGGAGUAACUGGCUGUUUUAUUUUAGCAAUUGUUAUUUUUUUAUUAUAAUAUUUUAAAUGUUGCAUGUGGGAAGCGUGUUUCUAUGUGGAUGGGACACCAAUAGCCUUUGUGUGAAGGUUGAUAUUCUGUACAAGAUGCAAUUCAGAUAUUGUUAGUAAUGUUUGCAGGUUAAAUUUGUGGAUGGUAAUGAACAUCAAAACAAAGAGUUUUGCGUUAAAUAGUUAAUUUGUUUAUCAUUUGAAAUUUGUUUAAAUAUUUUUAUGGCAAUUAGAGUUUUAAAAAAAAUAAUAAUUUAUUACUUUUUUUUUUUUUACUGUUUGUAGAAAUUUGAAAGCAUGUUAUCCAAGAUUUAUAUUUACAACAAUUUAUGUUACUUUUUCCUGACUGGAUAUGCAUUAUAUUCUAUGAUAAAUAUCAUAACUUGAUAAAUUUCCAAGUUCUGUAAUAGGCAGCUGAGAAGACUGGUUUACAUGAAAGCUAUUGUUUGCACAACUUUUUUUUUCCUGUGACAAGCCUCAAGGUUACAAACUUUUACAGUCCAGAUACACUACUGAACAAGAGUUGUGUUCCACUCAGUGGAAGACACACUUUAUUAUAUUAACUCAGGUAAAUAUGUUAUUACUCUUAGUUUUAGAAGCUUCAAGUAUUGUUGUGUUUAAAUAAAAAAUCAAUUUAUCUGUCAUACUAAGUUUUGAAUGUCAAAUUUUAUGGCUAGCGGAAUAUUGUUUUGAGACUGGAUGCACAGUUUUAUACUUACUUUUCAGUUGAUAAAUUGUGGGCAUUAAAUAAUUAAAUGGUUGCAUCAAGUACAGACUGCACUUGUAUAUGUAUGUGCUUAUGUAUUUAUGCUGAAAAAUCUCUGCCAUAUACAUUUCACAGGUCCUGUUAAAUAACAUCCAUUUGUAACUAUUGUUUCUAGUCAUUGAAAAAGCUUUUUGUAAUACAUAGGUAGUCCCAUAGUCUCUCAUCAGUUGGAAAACUUAAAUUACUGAUUAAAGAAAUAAUCUGAUUUAGAAGUAUCUUGAAUGGCAAGAUCUAAAGUGUGUCUGAAUUGGAUCUUGUGAACAUUAGGUUGCAAUUUGUUCAGGUGGGUCAAAUUUAAAGGAAAGGGUCAAUAUCAAGUGGGGAGAGUGAUAUUAUAUUAAAAAUAUACAUGUUCCCCCAGCAGGCCUAUUUGCAUUUUUUAUUGGUAUGAAAUAUUGCGAGUUAUUCCACACAACUUUUUUUUUUUUUUUCUGCAAUUAGGUUUUAAGGUUUCAUUCAGAACUGUUUGUCUUACUUGGCCAGUCUUGCCAGGAUCAGUAGGACAGUGAGGCUGUAUUCAGAACCCUCUGAAGCCUUCAUUACCCACAGCACAGCCAGCUCUAAAAUCAACAGUCACUCUUUUACUGUAUCAGUAUCUUUAUUUUUUAAACUAGAUAUAUUUUGCAGCUAUGAUGCAUAGGUAGUGUACCUUUGAUAACAACAACAAAAGGUUAUAAAAUUACCAGUACCUACUAAAGUCUUAUGUUAUUGAUAGUGCAUGCAAUUAUCAUUGCUUGUAUUCAAAUGCUAUUGUGAUAUCAUCUCAUUGUAGUCUCCCGGCUGUAAAGGUAGGUGAGAUGGAUGAGAUUAACAACUUGUCCUGGGCGCUAAAAAGAGAUUUUGAAUGGUAAAAACAUCUCGAGUCUUGAACACAGCACUAGGUAUUAUGUCAACCGCUCAAAGAAUUAAGAAGACACAAUUAUAUCUACAUAAUUCUCUAUUUAAAUCCACUUUUUAUCAUUAUAAUAGUAAAAGCUUUUCUUGUACUUUAUAUGGAUGUUUCGUAUUACAAGAAGCUUCAGGUGACUAUGGGUUCUGAUUACAUUGCAAAUUACUAAAGAUAUUGUUAGUGUUUCCAAGCACAGGAGAGGUGGAUAAUCACAGCCUUCUAUGGUGAGAGGGAUAGUACAAUAUCAGUGCAGGUAUCUUGUAAGGUCAGAAAAGUAAAAGCCAUUGGAGGAAGAACAAAUGUCAAAUAAUAAUCCUUUUUAAUUUUUUGUUGACAUUUCUUACUUCAAGAUCAGCAUCAAGACAGACAGGUGACUCAUCUGUUAAUUGCCUGUUCCAUUUAGCACCAGUACUGAACAUAGUAUUCUCUGUGGGACAAAUAAGGCAACUUGCCAAAUUUGAAUAUUUAAAAUGAUCUGCUGCAUCAACAGCUAGGGUCAUUAGUGGCAAAUAUGUUGCGGGAUUAAGAUAUUAAAAUAUUUAGUGCUUAAAAAUGUGUCAAUAAAUAAGGUCUUAUAGAUUAAAAAAAAAAAAAAAAAAAUUAUAUCAACAGUCAAAUAUAAUUAUUACAUAAAUAACCCCCAAUCCCUUGCUCAUUGUUGUCAUGGAAGGCUUAGGAGACGGGGACAAGGGCCCAAUGUGGGGAACCACCCCCUACCUUGGGCCUCAGCCCUUCCACAACUAAUUUUGCAUGGUCUUUUCUUCAUCCCCAUGUUGUCGACUUAUCCUAAUUGCUGCCAUUUUUGCCACAAUACUUUUAUCAUAAUGCUCCCAACUCCCAUAACUCCUUCCCCUUCUUACAACAUUUAUCUUACACGUUACUCCAUCAGCUCCCCCUCUCUGCCCUUUUCACUACCCUCUACUACUGUUCAACCUGCAACUUAAUGAGUACAGUAAACUCGUUCCUAACCCCUUUUCGCUACUCCACUUUACCAUAGCACUGUAUGACCUUUGAUGUCAUAUAGCACUUCCUUACCUGGAGACUUUGCCAUGAAGCCUCUUGCUAUCACUGUAUUUUGAAUACGCCACUAAUGACGUUAGAUGUUGAUGUGGCAGAAAAAGUUCAAUAAAUAAAAUAUUACAAAUAUGCAUAAUUAAAUUAUUAUAAAUAUUAGUCUCCUUUAGGAAACUAAUGAGACCUAUGUCACAGUCCUCCCCCACAAAGAAUCAUAGUCACUGUUUCUCUUUCCUUAUGAUACCUUUUACGAUGUAAAUAAGUGUCUGGUAAUUAUCACAUUUCAAAUAUUGUACUACUGGAAGUAUUGUUAAUAAUUUUAUUAAAAGGGAAACUAUACAAAAUAUUCUGUAGCGUAAAUUAUAAGGUUAUUCCUAGUUGUCCUUGUCAAACAAGACGAAUUGUCACAAGAAAAUGUAUUUUGAAUUUUCAGCCCAGAAAAGUUGCUAAGCUAAGAAUCUUUUGCAUGUAUAUUACAAAGUAUUUAUUACUUUUUCUAUUUAUUAGUUACAAGUUCACACUGGUGCUAGUAGUAACUUUUUUUUUUUAAUGAUUAUUCUCUUGCUUUUAAUUUUAUGUAGAGGCUCAUGAAUGGAAAUUACUAAGCUAAACACCCUGUCACAAUUAAGUUAUGAUAAAUGAUCAGUCAAGCAUAUUUUGAUAGAGGCAAAAUUAUUGAAUCUUCUAAUGCUUUGUAAGUCUUAAGUUUACAGUGAUAUAUGAUAAAUAUAUAAUGCGAAGGGAGAUUUUGUUUUUUGUCAAAGAUUAUUUUAUGCUUACAAGUUGUAUAGUAAUGCAUACUCACUGAUUUUUUUAAAGGAUUUACUGUGAAAUAAUAAAUCUGCAUUUAUUCUAAGAACCCUGAAAAUUGUCAUGAGGAUUAUCACAGAAUGGUACUUCUCCAUAUUUUUAUGUAAUAUAAAAGAUUUAUACAGAGAAAAAUAAAAUCAUUUAUUACU